UGACCAAUCACAGCCCUCCGCUCCAUGUGGCGAUUUGUAGGAAGUCGCGGAGUUGUUUUGGAUGUGCUCAGAGCACGUGGAGGCUCUUGGUCGCUUUCCUGUCCCCUGACUGUAGUAAAAGCUCGUCCUCUAGACUAUAGUCCACACUGAAAGUCACCCCGCUGGUUUUACAGGAGCACCAACAGUGUGGUGAGAGAUGUCAGCGGGAGGUCAAACCACAAGCAGCCGGGAUAUCCCAGCCGUCAGACGGGUCGCCAUCCACGAUGCAGCCCACAUGCCCCAGGACUACUCCACCACUCCAGGAGGAACUCUGUUCAGCACUACUCCAGGAGGUACCAGAAUAAUAUACGACAGGAAGUUCCUCCUGCAGUGUCGGACUUCUCCUCUGACUCGCACGCCUCCCAAAAUGCCCGAUAUCCCAGGAGUCACCAGGCCUCUUAAACCAGACUCCCCCAGCAAAACCAAGCAACCUGAACAGACAGUCAACAGCAACAAUGACCACGACCUGCGCAUAGAGGAGAGUGCAGAAGACGCCCAGUUUGAAAUGGACAUCUGAAGACUCGGCUUCAAGGAUGAAAAAUAAUGCAUUUUUAAUGAUCUUGUUUUAUUGACUGAGGU